GGGCGCCAGCGAGGGUCGCGGCCGGAAGUGACGCUUGAAGCGCGACUGGGAGCGUGACAUCGCGCGGCUCACCGCUUCCUUCGCUGCACUGGCUGCUUGGCACUAGGCACUGUGGUUGGCUUCAGCCAGCUGUGGUCACUGCCUUCCAGCGCGGUCGGGGGCUUUGCAGAAAAGGACUACACUGGAAGGAGCAGGGCAGGAGGGGAAUGGAAAAGACGGCAAAAGGAUGAGAAAAAACGGUGGGAGAGGUGGAAAGGACAGUUAAAGGGGACGUGUAGCCAAAGGUUGCUGGGCAACUGGAAUCAGCCCGCGCUACUCUAAAAUGAGCCUUGUUGGGUGUGUCGGCGCACACCCGUUCUCCCAGCACUUACAAGAUCGAAGCCAGCCUGGUAACUGAGCAAGACCCUGCCCCAAAGCACAAAGUAAAAAUAAAUACAGUAAAUAAAGGCUAUACGUGGUGGCACAGACCUGUAAUCCUAGUACUAGGGAGGCUGAAGCAGAAGGAUUGCUGCGACCUUGAGACCAGUGAGAGCUACAUAGUGCGUUCAAGGCCAGUCUACAUUAUGUAUACUGAGACCCUGUCUCAAAAACCAAAAGUAGCCAGGCAUGGUGGUUCAUGCCUGUCAUCUAACCACUUGUGAGGCUGAGGCAUGAGGAUCAUCACAAAACAAAACAACCAAAAAUAAAGAUCUUGUCAGGCAAAACAGCACACACCUGUAAUCCCAGCACUCAGGAGGCUGAGGCAGGAGGACUGCCUGAGUUUGAGGCUAACCUGGGCUACUUAACCCUGUCUCAAAUGUAACAUAAUAAAAAGGGACCUCUUGGGGAUAGAAGUGCAUCUCACUGAUAAAGUACUUGUUGACCUUGCUUGAACCUCUUAGGUCAAUUCUCAGCACCUCCAGAAUAAAUAUGUAAAAAGAUAAAUAGUAAUUUAUGACUAGUGCAGGGCCAGCGGCCCCCACAGUCACAGAUAAUUGCCUCCAGGGGGUGCUCAAGACAUUGUCGUGAACAUGUAAAUAAAAUAGAAACCCGUAGUAUCUGCAUUUUCAAAUAAAGAAUCAUGUCAGUUUUCAUUUGUUUUUCUGAGAUAGUCUUGUUAUGUAGUACAGGUUGGUCUUGAACUCACUCUGUAGUCCAGGUUGGAAUUGAAAUUGCUGUGAUCCUCCUGCUUCAGCCUUAUGAGGGCUGGGAUGACAGGGUUGUGCCACCACACCCAGCUUCAUGACAGCUUUAAUAAAUUUGUUUAUAUGCAAAUGUUUUUUAUUUGUUUUUCCAAACAGUGCCUUGCUCUGUAUCCAGGCUGGCCUAGGUAUCCCAUGCUGGCCUCAGACUUGCCUCCUCCUGCCUCAGCCUCUCAAAUGCUGGAAUUACCAUCAUGUGCUACCGUGCCAGGUAGCAGAAACAGCAAUGCUGGGGCUUGGAGGACCAACCAAGAAAUCAACUAGCCAGCCUUUCUGGCCUAGGAGUAGUGGUCUGAGCAUCUCUUGGGAGGAUGACCGUAUGCAAUAUAGCAAGUAUGGGGGAUUUUCUUCUAGCUUGUUUUUGAAGUCAAAUACUGUUUUCACUGUUAUGCUUUGUUCUGAUUUGUUGGGCGCAGGCGCUCAACAUACCAUACCCCAGCCGGGACUAAGGACCACACCAGCUUCCGCAAUGCAUUACGUUCCUCUUUAAAUUAGCCAACCCGUGCACACCCCGCACUCACUCCGUACUCUGUGGCAACUCCUGAUUGGCCACAGCUGGAUAUUGUAGCCAGAGCCUGCAUCCCAUUCCCGCCCUGCUUCCUUGUGGCAGCCUGUGAUUGGUCACGGCCAAAUAUAUAAACCAGAGCCCGCGUAAAUAAACCAGCAGUUAACUGUCAUCCACAAGAGCGUCUUCUGUCUCCUGUUUCAUUGGGGAGCUGCGCCGGUCCACUGGUGGCCCGUACAGGGAGCCCGGAACGCUGAGACCCUCUCUCCGACAGUACGGGGAACGAACCUCUCUCUCCGACGGAACAGAGACGUUAACAGGUAAAACCGUCAAGCGCCAAUAGCAGGGGCUACUUGGCGGGCGGGGGCUGACAGGUUAAACUGCUCAACGUUGGUAGCGGGUGCUACGCAACAGGGCCGGAUAGCGGGGGCUAUCAGGCAACCUUGGGCGGACGCGUCGCAAGGGUCAGGAACUCAUAAAGAGAGUUCCGGGGGCCGUAAAGAGGCCGGUUUUGGGGGCGCCGUAAAGGGGCGCGGGGACUAAGCUGUCCCUGUAUAAAAAAAAAAAGAAAAAGAAAAAGAAAAAUAUAAAAUAAAAAGAAACUCUUGAAAUUCCGGUUAACAUGGGUAACACGGCUACUCAGCCACUGUCAGUCGCCUUAAGCGACUUACUGAGAGAAAAGGGAUUACAAAUGAAACGAGAACAAAUUCAAAACUUCCUCGAUCAGGUCGAUAAGGUAGCACCUUGGUUUGGUCCCACGGGGUCCGUUACCAUCCCCAGCUGGGAUAAAUUAGGGAGAGAUCUUGACUUUGCAGCAGAAAAUGGCCUCUUGGAGCCAGAAGUCAGACCCCUUUGGGCAGUGGUGAGAAGCUGCCUUGCAGACACCUCUUGUCGUGACCAUAUAAGGGCUGGCGCCAUGGCGCUUGGUUACCAUCAGGCAGAGUCCUCCCGGGAGCAAUCUCGUGAGCCCAGUGCCGCAGGCGAGGUGACCCCACCCAACCCAGAAACAAAGGACUCGUCAGAUAAUGAGGGGGAGGAAGAAGAAGUAUACAAAAUGGUGGAUGCAGACACCACCGAAAGAGGGGAAGUCACACACAUGCAGUCGAGAGGGCCCUACUCUGAGGCCAUAAAUGAGCGGCAACGCAGGAUUUCUCAGAGUAAAUGGGUCAAUGAAAGCGAGUACGGGAUCCCAGGGCCACCCCGUAUAAGACCUAUGGCUCUACCUCCCGACCCGCCAGAUUAUCAUGCCCACCGGAGACCCUGCCAUCAGCUAUAUAGCUGUCCGCAACGGGUCCAGACGUCCCCUGGGACAUUCCAGGAAGACCUUUGGCAUCAAGUCAAAAGAGAGGACCCAGGAGGCCUGGGCCAUUUUCUCCAGGCUUUUCCGGUUGCUGUAGAUGCUCAGGGAAAUAAAGCCCACCUGCCUAUAGAUAUGAAGGCGAUAAAGCAUCUUAAGGAGGCCAGCACCAUGUACGGUGUUAAUGGGGCGUAUACCCUGUCCCUAGUAGAAGCCCUGGCAGGAAACGCCAUGACACCUGCUGAUUGGGCCAGUUUGUGCAAGGCAGUGCUCAGCCCAGGCCAAUAUCUUGAUUGGAAAGCUUGGAAUGUUGAACUUGCCACAGAACAGGCCCAAGCUAAUGCCCAGAACAAUCAGGCCGCCUGGAACGCGGAUAUGUUAUUAGGACAAGGGCAGUAUCUCAAUAACCAGCUGAUAUUUCCACAAGAGGUGUAUGCACAGAUAAAUAGAAUAGCCAUACAAGCAUGGAAACGGGUCUCGGCUAGGGGAGAAGUCUCAGGCCACUUGACAAAAAUUUUGCAGGGCCCGAGCGAGCCUUUUUCAGAUUUUGUGGCCCGCAUGAUGGAGGCGGCAGGGAGAAUUUUUGGGGACGCUGAGACAGCCAUGCCGCUCAUUAAGCAGCUCAUUUUUGAGCAAUGUACUAAAGAAUGUCGCUCUGCCAUUAGUCCAUACAAAAAUAGGCCUCUUGAGGAAUGGAUGAAACUCUGUCGGGAGAUCAGGGGGCCAUUAACCAACUCAGGUUUGGCAGCCAUGUUAAUGAAGCUAACUAAAGAAGGUCAGGGAGGCAGAGCGGCGCCACAGAAUGGCGCCCGCCCGAAAGAAGGCUGCUUCAAAUGUGGCAGACAGGGACACAUAAAAAGAGACUGUCCAUCUUGGGGACUCGGAAGAGAACAACCCCCCCUCCUGAAGACCGAAAGUGCCCCAGAUGUAAGAAGGGAAAUCACUCCGCCGCGGAGUGCCGCUCCACCUUUGAUGUAAAUGGGUUGCCCCUCACAGGUAAGGGCCGUAACCCAGAGAGGCCAAAAAACGGGAUUGGGGGGCCCCCCCGGGGGUGGGCCCCCGAUUCUACCCAGCCAGAGAGUAUAUGGUAGACCAGACACUGCCAAUGAUGCCAACAUGGGCAGGUCAGAACCGAGGAGAGCCUCUCCGGGUUCAGGGGGACUUGACCUCUGUGCCACCACUGGACUCGUAUUAACCCCGAAAAUGGGGAUACAGGCCAUAGAGACAGAUAUGUCCGGCCCCUUACCGGAAGGCACAGUAGGGUUGAUAAUUGGUCGAUCAUCCCUCUCCAUGAAAGGAAUACAGGUCUUACCGGGUGUUAUAGAUUCUGAUUACACAGGAAAAAUAAAGGUGAUGAUGCAGGCUCCUAAAGGCCCAGUAGCUGUAGGGGCAGGAGACCGCAUCGCUCAGAUGCUAGUGUUAUCCAGCCGUCAUGGGGAUUAUCCAUCAUUGUCUGGUAUUAGAGGAGACAGAGGAUUUGGAUCAUCAGACCCAGCCUUUGCCGCCCUCGUUCUUAGAUUGGAUGAGCGCCCCAUGCUAACGUUGUCACUCAAUGGGCGAAAAAUAUCCGGACUGCUAGACACAGGAGCAGACUGCUCUAUUAUAGCUGAAAAGGACUGGCCACUAACCUGGCCUACCCAGACGGCACAACAAACACUGCAAGGCUUGGGAUCAGUUCAUGCACCUAAAAUUAGUAGUCAGAUAAUUAAAUGGGAAGACAAUGAGGGACACUCAGGAGAAUUCAUACCCUAUGUUCUCCAGCUUCCAGUUACCCUAUGGGGGAGAGAAGUGCUCUCUGCCCUAGACUUGACCUUGUGCAAUGAAUAUUCUCACACAGCCAGGAGAAUUCUUAAAAAUCAAGGGUAUGAACCAGGCAAAGGAUUAGGCAAAGACCUGCAAGGAAAGCCUUUCCCCAUCCAGGCACAACCACGUGCUCAGAGGCAAGGUUUGGGUUUUUAGUGGGGGUCACUGACUCGGCUUCUGCCCCUCUCAAAUUGACAUGGGUCUCUAAUGACCCCAUUUGGAUAAAUCAGUGGCCCCUACCACGAGACAAAGCAGAAGCCGCAUCCAAACUUAUUCAAGAGCAAUUAAAGUUAGGCCAUAUCAAACCCUCAAGUCUAUUCUGUUUAAACAAAAGGAGGGUAUUGCCCAGGGCAUGACACCUAGGGCCAGACUAAAUCUUGCCCUCUUUACUUACAAUUUUGUAAACAUCAACCCACAAGGAUCCACGCCAGCACAGCUACAUGCCAACCCUGUCGCACCCAAACAUGGUUGGGUACGCUGGAAAGACCUCCUGCAUGGGGUGUGGAGAGGCCCCAGCCCAGUACUUAGUUGGGCGAGAGGGGCGGUCUGUAUCUUCCCGCAGGAAAAAGGCAGCGAACCUGUCUGGGUCCCGGAAUGCCUGAUAUGUCCCUGCAAACCACCAGACCCCGACCCAGAGGAAACGUCAACCACAGAACAGGGGAACCAACAGGAGCCUCACAAGCCAGACCAAGCAAGUACACCCACAACUCCCAUUAACCAUGGCACCUUGGCCAACUCCCCUGGUUAGUAGCCUCCUUUUCCCCUCCUUCUUGCAUCUCGUACGGUCCUUGCAGCCAAUGACUUUUCUAAAUUGCUCCACCGCAACCUGUUAUGUGUUAUAAUGUUGGGAUAACAGUACACUUUCAGCUGUUAUGCAGGUACUCCAGUUCGCACCGGUUCCAGUUAUGGCAGACUCAGACGAGUUUCCUGUGAUCCAGCUCGGGCCAACUCUCCAAUUGGCUUUCAUAAAGGAAUGGGCAGGAACAGGGGCUCUGGCUACCAUGACUACACUUGCCGCAUUCGGCAGUCUACUUCUGCUCUGUCGGAUUCGCAGACAAAGGAAUAGGGACAAAGUAUCAAACAAGCAUUGCUGAUCAUGGAAUCUGGUCAAAGCCUGGCAGCAUGGCUCGCCAUGCUGUGACGCAGGUGUGGAGCAAAGCAUCGCAGGGGGUGUCGUCCUUGGCCAGGAGACACCCCGGUCCCCAUGUCGGUGAGCAUGUGGGUUGGGCUCAUAAAACAAUACUCCCGCCCCCUCCAAAAGAGCACCAACGAGUAGUGAGGCAUUGUCAUGACUGCAGCGUGACACCUCACGAGGGGCGCCGACCUCUGGAGACCCUGCGUCAGUUAUAAAGAAAGGGGGAGAUGUUGGGCGCAGACGCUCAACAUACCAUACCCCACCUGGGACUAAGGACCACGCCAGCUUCCGCAAUGCCCUAUGUCCCUCUUUAAAUUAGCCAACCCGUGCGCACUUCGUGCUCACUCCGUACUCUGUGGCAACUCCUGAUUGGCCACAGCUGGAUAUGGUAGCCGGAGCCUACGUCUCAUUCCCGCCCUGCUUCCUUGUGGCAGCCUGUGAUUGGUCACGGCCAAAUAUAUAAACCAGAGCCCGCGUAAAUAAACCAGCAGUUAACUGUCGUCCACAAGAGCAUCUCCUGUCUCCUGUUUCAUUGGGGAGCUGCGCCGGUCACUGAUUGUUUUGUACUAUUAAAUAUUCUGUUUUGAUUGGUUUUAUAGUGUUCUGGUUUUGGUUUGAUUUUGUUCUACCUGAUGGGAAUGGACAAGUACUGUGAAGAUAAUGAGAUACACUGUAGUAGCUAUUGUUGUUUUCCUGGUAUCCUGCUUUGAAGUUCUGUACCAAUUUUGCUGCCUUGUUUUGAUUGGAUUUGGUCUGUUUUGUUUUGUUGCAUUUUACUACCUUUAAAAUAAAAAUAAAAAAAUAGGUAUGGGCA